GGGGGCUCCUUGGGGUAUGAUACGGUAGUCUACUGUACAGUACGGGUAGACGAAAAGGAGGGGAGGAGGGGCUAUGAUACUUUAUCGCGGCGCUAAAUUGAUGUCAACUUCUCACUCUUUUCCGUUCUUUUCUUCUCACACACUUUUGCUUGUGACGCAAACCCUCAAACUGCCUCUGCUUUGCUCGCUCUUAAAUGCGUUUCUAUAAACUCUUGGCACACCCGUUCCACACCUUCUUAGUUUCCUUCUUUCCUCCUCUUCUCUCACCAUCUCCUCUUUCCCUUCUCCCCCUCUCAUAAGAUUUGUUCUCCCCCAGAAGAGACAUACAGCCCCCUCCUCCGCUGACUAUAGAAGUGAAUAGCCUUUAACACUCAUACACAACUGUCUACCCCAAGAAGCUCUCGUAAUGCUAGUCAGGCGCCUUCCCCGAGCCUCUAAGCUCGUAAGUCACCUUUUUUGCUUUUUGUCUUUCACUCCCCCGCAAGGGAUCAGGCAGUGGCCGAUUUCCCCUCUACCAUUCGUUGCGGGGUUCAGAGAUAAAGGGCUAACGAAGGCUCGAAUUACAGACCGCCGGCCUCAGGCUUGUAAGUUUUGACUGCCCUCUGUCUACUGGAUUUCAGCGUUUAUCCAGGCUCAAUCCCUAUGAACCCGGCAGACUUUGUUCUAACAAGCUUUCUCUGAGACCCAGGGCCAGAAGUACCGCCGACUUGCCACUGUGAGCGAUGAUCCGCUUGGCAGAAAAGUUGAAAUGACAAACUGGGAGAAGGUCAGCUACAGCGUCAUGAUAUUCUCACUCGGAAUUUCGGUUAUGCUUGGGGUACCGGUGUGGAGGGACCGGAUGCUGACUAUUUUGUGCUCUUAGGGAAACUACAUUAAUUACAAGUGUGUUUUGUUCUUUGCCCCUUCCUCAUUCCUUGCAGUUGAUAGGAAAUUUCCCCCUACCUCCUCCGGUUUUCGUUCGACAUUAUGAACAUUGUCGUUGGAUGCCGGGUGUGUGGGGUUGGGCGGCACGUCGUCACAUGUCAGGGAUAUGUACUGAGAGUCAUUUACGUCGAACCGCAGGAAAAUGGGCGAGAACCUAGCUAUUGUUCGUGGCCGCCUCAACCGCCCGCUCACUUAUGCCGAGAAGAUUCUCUACUCUCACUUGGAUGAUCCACACGGACAGGAUAUAGAGCGUGGCAAAUCCUACCUUAAGCUUCGGCCCGACCGUGUGGCCUGCCAGGAUGCGACUGCGCAGAUGGCAAUUCUUCAGUUCAUGAGUGCGGGAAUGCCUUCAGUUGCUACUCCAUCGACCGUGCACUGCGAUCAUUUGAUAGAAGCUCAGGUUGGAGGUGCUAAGGAUCUUGCUAGGGCAGAAGCUAUCAACAAGGAGGUGCGUAGUCACUUGGAUCUCUGUUUCCGCAAGGUCCAAUUGGCGCUGACCUGGCAUUAUAAAGGUUUACGACUUUCUUUCUUCGUCUUGUGCCAAGUACAACAUCGGUUUCUGGAGACCUGGGUCCGGUAUCAUUCAUCAGAUUCUCCUGGAGAAUUAUGCUUUCCCUGGCGGCCUUCUCAUUGGCACCGACUCACACACGCCCAAUGCUGGCGGGUUGGGAAUGUGCGCCAUCGGUGUUGGGGGUGCCGAUGCUGUCGACGUUAUGGCCAACCUUCCUUGGGAGUUGAAGGCACCCAAGAUAAUUGGUGUUAGACUCACUGGGCAGCUUAGAGGAUGGACUGCUCCCAAAGGUAUUUUUACAAUUGCGUGUUUUUUUUUUCCUGAUCGGUUUGCGUUAACAAUUCCUACAGACAUUAUCUUGAAGGUUGCUGGAAUUCUCACCGUCAAGGGCGGUACUGGUGCCAUUGUUGAAUACCAUGGUCCUGGUGUCGAUUCGCUGUCUUCAACUGGUAUGGGUACUAUUUGCAACAUGGGUGCGGAGAUUGGCGCUACCACCUCCGUUUUCCCAUUCAACGAUAGCAUGUACAACUAUCUCGCUGCCACAAAGCGUAGGGAUAUCGGAGACUUUGCUCGUGUCUAUGCCAAGGAUCUUAAAGAGGACCAGGGCGCUGAGUACGAUCAAUUGAUUGAGAUCAACUUGAGUGAGCUUGAGCCCCAUGUUAAUGGACCAUUUACCCCCGACUUGGCUACUCCUAUUUCCAAGUUCAAGGCUGCUGUGGAGGAAAAUGGAUGGCCUGCUGAGCUGAAGGUUGGCUUGAUCGGAUCAUGCACCAAUUCUUCUUACGAGGACAUGUCUCGUUCGGCCUCAAUUGCCCGUAAUGCUUUGGACCAUGGUGUCAAGGCCAGGUCUCUGUUCACCGUUACCCCUGGCUCCGAGCAGAUUCGUGCUACUAUUGAGCGUGAUGGCCAACUUCAGACCUUUGAAGAAUUUGGUGGCGUUGUUCUCGCCAAUGCCUGUGGGCCUUGCAUCGGACAGUGGGAUCGUAAGGAUGUCAAAAAAGGAGAGGCCAAUUCUAUUAUCUCUUCCUAUAACCGUAACUUCACUGGGAGAAACGACGCAAAUCCUGCUACCCAUGCUUUUGUUACGUCACCGGACCUUGUUACCGCAUUCACAAUCGCUGGAGAUCUUCGCUUUAAUCCCCUGACUGAUACCCUCAAAGGCAAGGACGGGAAAGACUUUAGACUUUCUCCACCGACCGGUGCUGGUCUCCCCGAGAAGGGCUAUGACCCUGGCCGUGACACCUAUCAAGCUCCUCCGGCCGAUCGCAGUGCUGUUGGUGUCAUGGUUUCCCCAACCUCCGACCGUCUCCAGGUCCUCAGCCCUUUCCAGCGAUGGAACGGCAAGGACGCUAAUGAUAUCCCUAUCCUGAUCAAGUGCAAGGGCAAGACCACCACUGACCACAUCUCGAUGGCUGGCCCAUGGCUGAAGUACCGUGGACAUCUUGACAACAUUUCUAACAACAUGCUGAUUGGCGCAAUCAAUGCCGACAACGGAGAGGCUAAUAAGGUCAAGAACGCUCUCACCGGUGAAUACGAUGCUGUCCCCGCUACUGCUAGAUACUACAAGUCUAAGGGUAUUAAAUGGGUUGUUAUUGGUGACUGGAACUACGGGGAGGGGUCCUCCCGCGAACAUGCUGCCUUGGAGCCUAGGCACUUGGGCGGCUUGGCCAUCAUCACCCGCUCCUUCGCUCGUAUCCACGAGACCAACCUUAAGAAGCAGGGUAUGCUCCCAUUGACCUUUGAGAAUCCUGAGGAUUAUGACAAGAUCAAUCCUGAUGACAAGGUUGACUGUAAGUUUUGCCCGUAAAGCGCAACAUGUGCAGAAAACUAAUAAUAAUUCUACAGUGCACGUCACCGACUUGGCUGUUGGCAAACCAAUGAGAAUUAAGUUUACUCCCAAGAACGGCAAGCCAUGGAAGACGAACUUGCUCCACACUUUCAAUGAGGGUAAUUAUUUCUCCCUAAUCUAAUUCUGGCCGUUUCUAACAUGUCAACAGGUCAAAUCGAAUGGUUCAAAGAUGGAUCCGCUUUGAAUAGCAUGGCUAGGAAGGCAAAGGCAUAAGUGGCUUAUUUAUUUUUUUGGUCUGUUUUUGCCCCUUUGAUUGAGAUAGCGGUCUAAAAAAUGUAUAGUAAUCCUACCAAAAUUUUGUUUCCCCUCUCUUUUUUUCUUUUUUUUCCUUCUUUUUCCGUACAUUUUUCCACUUGUGAAGAUAACGUUCGAGGCCUUUAAGAACGAGUUGGGUUCGGUCCGCAGAAAUGGACUAUGGAUGUUUAUGGGAAGACACUCUUUGGGCUGCCUCAUGGCAUUACUGGGCGGCUUUGCUUGUUUGUCCUUUUUCCGUUUUGUGGACGGUUUCUGCGCGAUCCCCCGCCCUUUUUUUCUCCCUCUCUUCAUCCUGGGCUGUCUAUAUUUGUGAAUGAACAUCUGCUUUUCUCUAUAGGAUAUCACAAAAUCAUGCAUUCGUGAUCACCCAGUGAAACCACCUAUUCCGUCAAGUACCGCACCAUCUACCGCCGAGAUGGCAGUCUAACAUUGUUACUUAGCAUCUAUCUCUGCCAUUUUAUGUAUACGUUUUCCGGAAACAACUCCCUACUAAUUACCGAGCCCUGCAGCCAUAUUGGUAGCCUCCUGGAUCGUCCUCGCAAUGGUCGAGCGGACCUUUCCGUCUUCCAAGACGAGUAAGCCACAGAUAGUGCAGCCAGCUGGAGUGGAAACCUGCUCUCUGAUGAUUGCCGGAUGCUGGCCAGCCAAAACCAUUCUACCAGCACCUUGCAUGGCUACAACAAACCCCCACACACCCAACCACAUCAACAAAUGAACAAACGAAUAAACGGGGAAACAGGACCGCAAUAUCUUACUCUGAGCAGCCAUCAUCUGCGCCUCCGCCCUCGGCAAUCCCAUCAUGACCCCUCCAUCAGCCAUGGCCUCGACGAUAAGAGCGUAGAAAGCGGGACCGGAUCCGCACAGGGCGGUGCAAGCGUCCAUAUGAUCCUCACCGAGCACCAACGAGCGGCCGAUCUGCGAGAAUAUCCAGGAAACCAGAGCCUUCUCCUCCGGGGGAAUAUCGUCCGCCGCCGAAAUGACCGUCAUGCUUUCGCGAAUCUAUCCGCAUCAAUACCCUGCCCUGCCCAGAAAAAAAACAAAGAAAGAACUCCCCUCCAAAGGUAAUAAGCGACAAUCGUACCUUUGAAGCAGUAUUUGGCAUAGCCCUAACCACCCUAGUACUACCGGGCACCACCUUCUUGAGCGCAGCAAUCUUAACCCCAGCAAGAAUACUAACGAGCAGCUUACCCUCCAAUGCCUCGCACAUGCCCUCCUCACCCAAUAUCUCAGCGUACAUCUGCGGCUUGCAGCCCAAAAGGACCACGUCCGCGCGCCGCACGCCCUCGACGUUGCUACCCGUGUAGACCUCAACGGGGAUGCUGGCGAAGCCCUCGAAUGCACGCCGCACGCGGGAAGCGGACUCGGGGCGCUUGACACACGCGAUGAACCUCGAGGGGAGGCAGGUGGGGUUUUUGCUGGCGUCGUGGAAACGCGUUGGGAGGAGGGCGGCGGUUGGCGUGCUGGUACCGGAAGCACUGGGGAGGCGGAGGCUAGUGAGGCUGGAGAGGAUUCCAGAGAGAAUGGCGACGCCCAUGGUACCGCAUCCGAGGAAUGUGAGGGUUAGCGAUUCGGG